AUGGCUCGACACGAGGGGAGCAGCGGAGCGGUUUCGAUGAGCACGGUGGCUGUUGCAAUGGCAUUGCUGCUGUUGCUGCUUGGCUUCGAACAUGACAAUGCUGCUACAACUUUUGUUGUUGGCGACUCGAACGGAUGGAACCUGGGCAUGGAGGGAUGGCCUAAUGGGAAGGUGUUUAGAGCCGGUGACAUAUUAAGGGUUCGUGGAGAUCUUUCUAGUACAGAUAAUCUUCAAUCUGCAUCGUCCAAAAAUCGAAAUCGGAUCCAUCAAACUUCUCAAUUCCAACAUUUGAGCUUUCGAUCUUCACAGAUCAUGAUGAAUCUCGCCUAA